CACACGCUCCCGGUUAUCCUCUGCUUCCAUUCCACGCCAAAAGGAACUUUUUUCCUUUUCUUUCCUUUGUUUCAUUCAAAAUUCCCUUAUGGUUGGUGACUAUGGAGUCCAGCUGUGGUUUCUCUCGGGGAAACGUCUUUGUUGCUGUGCUGCUCCUCAAAGGAGUCAGUGCGCUGUACUUCCCUCAGAAUGAGUAUGUUGAGAUGGUGUAUGUCGGUCAGCCUGCAGGAACCCCGGUGCUCCAGGUCCACGCCAUGUUGGACAGUGAGUCCGAACGGCCCCAUUUCUACCUGUGCUGGUCCAGCUCUCUCCGUCGUCCACCUUACAGCCAGUGGUUCCUUAUGGAUGCUAAAACUGGUGUGUUGUCCUUGAUUAAAACCCUGGAGGAGAGUGACUUUGCCUCACUAUAUCAAAAUUCCUGGUCUGUGAAGAAGUUGUUCCUGCACGUCAUGGUGUCACCAAACCCCACCAGAAAGGCUCAGUGCAUCAGCAGAAACACUCCUCGGAUCACUCUGGAUUUUGUUAAUGCCACACUGCCACAGUGUGGUCAGACAGAUAUGAAGGAACUCUGCUUUCCACAUAGAGACACUGCCAACCCCCACAUAAUGGAGAACAGGUUCCCCGGAGCCAUUCGGCAACUCCGACGCCUUACCAGGAUUAACGUCUGCCCCAACUAUACCAUCUCCUACAAUGUGGAAUCAGAUGUCUUAGUACCAUUUGCUGUAAAUGACAACACGACAGAGCUCGUGGUGACUGCUGCUUUGGACCGUGAAGAGAGCGAACGCUACAGGCUGCUGCUGGUUUGCACAGUUUGGAUAGAAACAGUCAUGACCAAGGUUGAAACUUCACUGGAUGUUUUUGUCAACGAUGAGGAUGAUAACGCACCAUACAUAAAUGGAACAGAUACAGCAGAGGUCAUCAUCAGCUUCAAUCGUACACAGGGAGGCUCUUUUGGCACCUUGUCUGUCUAUGACAGGGACUUGACACCAAUCUAUCCCAUCGACCAGAGUCACAAUAAAUAUGUGGGGACGUUACUCAACAGUGAUCCGUGGGUCAAAGAAAAGUUUGACAUACAAGGAACCUUCAGAGAAAAGAAGACUGAUUUUGGCAGCAUUCGAGAGACCAUUCAUGACUACACACUUGUCCUAAAGACGAACCUGUAUGUGACUGAGAAUCGAACCCUGCAGCUGGACUACCUGGUCAAUGAUACCACCUAUCCUGGUCUACUGGGAACCGUCUUGCUGCACUACAACAUCACCAUCUUACCAGUCCAAAUCCGCUUUGCCAACAUUACCUACGUCUUCACAGUAACACGCAGGGCUUCAGUUUAUGCACAAGUUGGUAGAGUGUGUGUGGAAAACUGCCUGCGGUUCGAUGGCUUCAGUGUCACAUACCGACUGGAGGUGCCGGAGAAGAACGUAUCUGCUGACCUGCAGUCCUGCUACGCAGCCGUAAGCAUCGCGCAGUGUCCCGGUGAGAUGUGGGGACUGCUCUAUGUGAAUGACUCAUUGGCACUCCGUAGGCCCGAGUGCCAGGAUCUACAAUACCUUGUUGUCGCUCAGGAAGAGCAAAAGCAGCUGCAAACCACCACCCAGAUCCUCAUCGUACUUGACGGAGAAGCUGCCCGUACAAAACAAGCAGCUGACAAGGCCACUCCAGAGCAGCGCUUCCUUUCCUGUGCAGAGAGCAGACAGCGAGGAGACUGCGAGUCUGUCCGAGGCCUGGGAGCAACAACAGGAAGGUGCCUUUGGAGGCAAGGCACGGAGAAAGGAAUAUCAGAAAAUUACUCCACAUGCUCUCCUGAUCUCCGGACAUGUCCAGAUGGUAUUUGUGAUGCAAUAGAAAGCAAAGAUAUGUCAAUAUGCCCACAAGACUGUACAAAAGAAACUGUUAUUGGAGGUCAUGAACGAGGUUUGAUGUUUGGGAUCAAGGCUGGUUACGGAACAUGCUACUGCUACUCUGAGAAAUGUUUCUGUGAGAAGGACAACAUAGAGGAGGCGAUAUGUGACGAUAUGUGUAAGACCAUCAUCGCCACUGCACUGCUCCUCUCUUUCAUCAUCUCUAUCCUCCUGUCCUCAUACUUCAUUCACCGCUACCACAAGAACUCGCCAAAGCCUCCGAUAGCAUCCGCCGAGAUGACUUUCCGUCGGCCAGCCCAGCCUUAUCCAAUCAGCUUUCCUGCCAACAACGUACGCAGAGGGUCGCAAGAAUCUGUUGAGACGGACACUUUCAAAAUUCCUGAGGAUCCUAAGUGGGAAUUUCCUCGUAAAAAUUUGGUACUGGGCAAGACCUUAGGAGAAGGAGAGUUUGGGAAAGUUGUCAAGGCAACAGCAUUCAGGCUGAAAGGAAAAGCUGGAUAUACCACUGUUGCUGUUAAAAUGCUUAAAGAAAAUGCCUCACACAGUGAGCUGCGAGACCUUCUGUCAGAAUUCACUUUACUGAAGCAAGUCAACCAUCCACACGUCAUUAAAAUGUAUGGAGCAUGCAGUCAGGAUGGUCCACUCUAUCUGAUUGUGGAGUACGCCAAGUAUGGCUCACUCCGUAACUUCCUGCGUGAGAGUCGGAAAGUUGGUCCAAGCUACAUGGGCAGGGAUGCCAACCGCAACUCCAGCUACCUGGAGAACCCAGAUGACAGAGCGCUCACUAUGGGUGACUUGAUCUCCUUUGCUUGGCAGAUCUCCAGAGGCAUGCAGUACCUCGCUGAAAUGAAGCUUGUUCACAGGGACCUUGCAGCAAGAAAUGUUCUUGUGGCUGAAGGACGAAAGAUGAAGAUCUCAGAUUUUGGCCUCUCCAGAGACGUGUAUGAAGAGGACUCAUACGUUAAGAGAAGCAAGGGCCGAAUACCUGUUAAGUGGAUGGCAAUAGAGUCCUUGUUUGAUCACAUUUACACAACACAAAGUGAUGUUUGGUCUUUUGGUGUGCUUCUGUGGGAGAUAGUGACACUGGGAGGAAAUCCUUACCCGGGUAUCGCCCCUGAACGCUUGUUUAACCUUCUUAAGACUGGCUACAGAAUGGAGAGACCAGAGAACUGCUCAGAGGAAAUGUAUAACCUCAUGCUACGAUGCUGGAAACAAGAACCAGACAAGAGGCCCACAUUCUCAGACAUCAGCAAAGAACUGGAAAAGAUGAUGGUGAAAAGUCGGGAUUACCUCGACCUGGCGGCAUCCACACCAGCUGACGCCCUGCUGUACGACGACGCCCUCUCCGAAGAAGAUACACCACUAGUGGACUGUAAUAACACCCCUCUCCCUCGAACCCUCCCCUCUACAUGGAUUGAAAACAAGCUCUAUGGCAUGUCAUACCCGAACUGGCCCGAGAAGAGCCCGGUACCGCUCCACAGACACGAUGCCACUAAUCCAGUCUUUACAAGAUAUGCCAAUGAUAGUGUUUAUGCAAACUGGAUGGCUUUGCCUUCACCCCCAAAAGCUGUGGACAAGCUUGAUAACUAAAGCCAAAACAACUCUGUAGAAAAGAUGACUAAUUAGUAGAUGUGUAUAUUUCUGUAAGACUGUACAUAUACGAUGUGAUGCUAAAGAUGGUUCCCUUUGAUUUCUGUUGCACGGGUUUUCCACGUCAUAUGGGUUGUUUUUGCUGCACAAUGGCUGGAUGGACAGAGGCCACACUUCAUUCAGCUCGUCAGUAUCUUCAUUAAACCUCACAGUCACGUUGGCCAAGUUGUAUCGCUGCAUGACUGUUGUAUGGUUGUAUGUCAGUGUCAGUCAUUUAAGUGCCUGUGCCGCUUCUACAAAAGCCUCCAGUUAUUAAUGUGUGACUUUGAAGCUCCUGUUCUUACCCAGGAAUUAAAGGGGACAUCUUUAACUGUUGUACUCGUGUGGGACAGGAAAGCGCAAAAGGGAAAAAUCUGACAUUCUUCUAAAAAAUAUACUGUAUAGUUUUUACUUGUCCCUCAAAAUGUUUAAGACUAAUUUUGUGUUUCACCACAAGAUCUUCCCACACAGUUCAGCUUUUGUUCUUUCUCGAGUUCACCUCCAGUGUAAGGUCAUGAAGCUAAAUGUAUAUUGUGACUAUGUCCGUGGCAAUCAACAAUUCACUGUUUUUGAUUUAUCACCAAAACUGUUUUGUGAAAAAAAAGUAUGUGUAUGUAAAGUAAGGAGUGUUAUUGUUGUAUUAUUUGGUUAUGUUGCAGUUAAUAAUAAACACAAAAAAUGUUCACCU